AAGAAAAGGAACGAUCUUCCAUAGACGAUCUUCUUCCCAGUUCCAACCCAACCCCCAGGGUCCAGGGUCAAUUUCAGCGCUUGUGAUAUGCCUAGCUUAGCGAGAGCUUGCACAGAAAAGUCGAUGGCCAAAAGCAGAGUCCUUCAGUGAAACGGGGCUCCGCCGGGUUGCAUUUGCAGGUAGGUCUACGAUUGCUUUCUGCAAUUACCCUCUACCAUGUGCUCAAUUAUAUUAUCAUAUAGCGUUUUGAACUCGGUUAUUGUGGCAUGAAAUCAACUGGGAUUUGCUCAAGUUUGCAUUCUGUUUCAAGUAAUUGCUUGGGGGAAUCACUUACUGGUUCGGCUGUUUCAGUUCAUUCCCUGUUUCAAGCUUCUGGGUUUGCUGCGGGAGGUAUGCUAACCCAUUGAAUUGCUUAUUGCAGUUGUGAUUGUGAUGCGGUGUGAGCAAAGCUGGAUUAAGGAGAACUAAAUAUCUUGUAAGUUGAUGGGGAAAACAAAAACACAUUGGACUCCUGCAAUCAGAAAGUAUUCGUGGAUACCUGUCUGGAUCAGACUUUGAAGGGAAUAGACCCUCUACUUGUUUCACUAAAUAUGGAUGGGACAAUAUCUUACAAGCAUUAAAUAGAAUAGAUUGGUUGCAUAUUGACAAGAAGCAGUUGACAAACACUGGAAUAUCACAAAGGAGCGUUGGACAAUCUGGUGCAAUAACCACGGAUAGCAUCAUGAAAUGGAAUCCUGAAACCGGUUUCUUUGGGCAAGAGAUGCAGAUUGGAGCACCUAUUUGAGGGUAUGUGUAUUAUUGCUGUUAGUAUUUGGCGGUUUUUUUUAGUUGGUUGAUUAUUGAGCAAUUGUCCGUUGAAUGCCUAUAGGAGCACCUGAAGCUGGGAUAUUUCCAGUCAAAAAGCGCCUGCACCAUGUCAAGCUGGAAAUCAUUUUUUAUCUUGUGAACCUAGGAGAAGGGAGGUAAACUGUCUCUAGAAUGUCCAGAUGAUGUGAAAACCAACAAUAUACUUGACCAUGUAGUUGCUAUUUACUUGUGCUAGCUACAUGUCCGUUGAGUUUACAUAUUGGUUUGACAAAUGUCUUUUUGCUGCAACAAUCUGAAUUACCAGGUCGGAUCUCCUGCUCGUGUUGUCUGAUUGCACUAAUUGAUGUGGUUGUCCCUCCAGGAAACACUGUGCUUGAUCCAUCUCAGACAUGUUUCAUCCAGGUUAGUGGUUGCUCUAUUACUACUCCAUUAGCUUUAAUCUUAUUUCUGAUGUAAAAUGGGGCUUGAAUGCUUGGUGGGUGGGUUUCUGGAUCUGCGAUUUGAGGUACAUUUCUGAUUUGUUAUGCAAAAACUGUGGAGUCUCCUUCCAUCUCAACAGAUUAUGGGUUCGCCUUCUGAUUUCUGCCGGUCCAUCACUUUCUUAUUUCCUUAUCUCUGGCUUUCCUCUGGAAAUAUCUUCAAGAACUAAUGCCACCAUGUAGUUUUGCGUACCAUUAGUUUCCUACCCUUAUACCUCUCUUCUCCUGAAUUAAUUGAUUAUUAGUAAAAAACAGUCUUUUGCUUCUUUUUCCCAUUGGAAUGUUUAUACAGUCUAGCUUUUCAUAGUUUUGCUUAGGCUCAAAUUACAGUUGUUUAGAAUUGAAUUUUGCCUGAUGUCCUUUAUGCCGUGUCUAAGUCAUCCUCGGAAGUCAGUCUUUGAUUAGUUCAUGAGAAAAUCAUGAAAACGAAGUGUAAAGUAACAAAUUUGAUGUUUCAGUAGCUUCAUAGUUAUCAAUUGAUUGUAUGUUUAGAUUUUCAACGCUUUUAUUGUAUUCCUUAAAGGAAUUAUUGAUCAAAGACCAAAUCAUUGAAUCCGCUCAUUCAAGCCAUAAUCUUGAAGCUGAUAUGAUGUUUUAUUAUUUGAUGAAUAGAGAGGUGGGUAAGCUUUCACAGUUUUAGGCUCUGGUUGGAUGAUCACUUAUCCAUUUUGGGGGGUUGCUGGUGUGAUUCUUGAUAAUGGUUCAAAUGUACAGAAAACUAGAACUGCCAACAUUUGCUCAUUGAUGUCAAGUCUGUUUCAGUUGUUUUCUAUGCACCUUUCUCAGUUAUUUCUCCAUUAUCUGGCAACUUUCCCUUUUCUCCACUAUUUGGCCACUGUAGUCAUUGUUCUUUAAUGAGAUUGCACCAGAACUUAAAGGUGAGUCUGUAAGAGUAGAUUCCGCCUAACCUGCUUCUGUUUCAAAUUAUCGUAGCGCUUUGAUAAAGCUUAUGUUAUUAGUAUUACCCUUACGCAAUGUUCAAGAAGAUGCUAGGCGCUAUCUAGGCGAGGAGGCACCGCCCAGUGCCCAGGCCGAUUAAUCGUUGCCUAGGCGAGAUUAAAUGUUGCAAAAAAAUAUGAUAGAUAAGCCAUAUUCCACAAAAACCCAAGUUGACAUAUCAUUAUUCAUCCAUUCAUAUUCACAUACAACCCUUUUCCACAAUCCCAAACAUCCCAAGUCGCCAACAAUGAGGAGGGAUCUCACUGUUGGUCGAUGAGGGGGAGCGGCUGGUCGAAUGGAAAUGGGAAAUAGAAUAGGGUUUGGGAUUUUCAAAAAAAGGCUACACUUUCCCCUUUUAUUAGUUGUUAUGGGCGUCGCCCACCAGAGUGAAAACGCGCAUCCGAGUGCCUAGGUGCCUAGAUCAAUCGCCCAGGGCUAGACGGGGCGAUUUCGUCCUGCCCAGCUAUUAAUCGCGCCUAGGCGAGAGAUUAAUCGUGUUUUCUUUAACACUGCCCUUACGGCCUCGUCCUUCCGUGUCAUUGAAAGUUCUGUUUUUGUAUAGUCUCCAGUUGGUUUAAACCAGGGGACUUGUUUUUCUUUUGCAACUCUAACGGAUGAAGAAGACUGAACUUUGCAGCUCCCAUUGCUGAACUCUUAACAGAUGAGGAAAGACAGAAGAAGAUACCUGCUGCUGAUUGGAGUUUGGGGUGCUUUGGCUUUGUCCUCUAACAAAGUGAUAUCUGGUGCUGGUGCUGCAGCCAAUAGACCUUUUAAAGAAUCUUUAAAGGUUUGGCAUCCAACCUUCAUAGGCGAGGACCUCCCUGGACUAUGCCUUAUGCUUUCAGAAUUGAACGGUCUGCCUUUUGUUAAAUGUCAAAAUCUCUUUAGUAAAUUGGAGAAGCUUAUCUGCAAGAAAUUUUGUAAUACGUAGCAACCUGAGGAUUUUCAUGACCCUUACCGCUGUAAAACCCGGUGCAGCUGAGGCAUCCGUUCUAGUGAUUUAUAGUUUUGAACAGUUUUAUUUUCAAGUAACAGAAACAUUGGCCUUUGGUGAGACGAAAAAGGAUACCCAGAUUGGGUCACCUUCUAUGCUUAGCUGGACUGGAAUGCUUAGCAUUGAUGUCUUUCUAAUAAUAUUCUCUUCAUAGUUAAUCGUUAAUUGAUAAUGUGAUUUGUGAUUAAUCGCUAAGUAAAAAAAAAUCUAUUGC